AUGGCCAACAGCGGAGGCCAGGUCAAUCUUUCGCACGAGGAAAUCUGGGACGACUCGGUCUUGGUGUCAUCUUGGAAUGAAGCGUAUGAAGAAUAUCAAAAGUACCACAGUCUGGCAGCGAAAGGCGAAAAGGCAUCUCCACAGCCAAAAAGGGCCGAAGUCUUCAAGGCCGAGUCCAAAGCAACAUCAAAUGGUGUCACAUCGCAGCAGCCUACAACGUUCACGCCCGUGAAUUUUGCUGGACCAGGUAUACCAUCAUCAGCAUCGGAAACACCCUGCAAGGCUGCACCUCUGCCUACGGCUGCGAGUCUGUCAAGCGUGCCACAGACACUUCUUGGUGGCACACAAGAUGAAACGAUGAAGAAUCUCAUGAUGUCGUGGUACUAUGCUGGUUACUACACUGGACUACUCGAGGGCAAGCAGCAAGCCUUUGCGAGCCUGGAGGAAGGUGGUGGCUGA